AUGACUUCUUUGCAUGCCCUCGGUAGAGUGUCAGCUCCUGGAGUUUCUCUUUUUUUUACUACCUCUGGAAUUACAAAACAUUUUCCUUUCAUUUUAAUAUCCUCUCAAACAUUUCUUUGUACUUUCUAUACAGAGCCAAGUAAAGAGAAGGAGGGUGGAUCUGGACCCCCUAAAGGUGAAGGUGAUGUCUCUCCACCCAGUGCCCUGCCAGCAGAUAUCAAUGCCCGGGCACUGGCAAGGAAAGAUUCAGAAUGGUCUCUUGGGGAAUCCCCAGUUGGGGAAGAACAAGACAAGCAGAAUUCAAACACUUCCCAAAGUGCACUUUUUGUGGAGAAGCCACAGAAUGGAACAGUGAAAGUCGGUGAAAAUAUUACUUUUAUAGCCAAAGUUGAAGCCAAAGAUCUUCUUCGAAAGCCCACUGUUAAAUGGUUCAAAGGAAAAUGGAUGGACUUGGCCAGCAAAGCGGGGAAACAUCUUCAGCUGAAGGAAACCUUUGAAAGGCAAACUAGGAUGUACACCUUUGAGAUGCAGAUCAUCAAAGCCAAGGAGAACUAUGCUGGGAACUACCGAUGUGAAGUGUCCUACAAGGACAAGUUCGACAGCUGUUCCUUUGACCUCGAAGUCCAUGAAUCUACUGGAACCACUCCAAACAUUGAUAUCAGAUCUGCUUUCAAAAGAAGCGGUGAAGGACAAGAGGAUGCAGGAGAACUUGACUUUAGUGGUCUCCUGAAACGUAGGGAAGUCAAACAGCAGGAAGAAGAACCAGAAAUAGAUGUGUGGGAGCUUCUGAAGAAUGCCAAUCCCAAUGAAUAUGAGAAGAUUGCCUUCCAGUAUGGCAUCACUGAUCUGAGAGGCAUGCUCAAGCGUCUGAAGCGCAUGCGGAGAGUGGAGAAGAAGAGUGCAGCUUUUUCAAAAAUUCUUGAUCCUGCCUACCAGGUAGACAAAGGUGGUAAAGUCAGAUUUGUGGUGGAACUGGCAGACCCAAAGUUAGAAGUGAAAUGGUAUAAAAAUGGACAAGAAAUCCGACCCAGUACAAAAUACAUCUUUGAGCACAAAGGAAACCAGAGAAUCAUGUUUAUCAAUAACUGCCAGAUGACGGAUGAUUCUGAAUAUUAUGUGACAGCUGGGGAUGAGAAAUGCUCUACAGAACUCUUUGUAAGAGAGCCCCCCAUAAUGGUGACCAAACAGCUGGAAGACACCAAUGCCUACUGCGGAGAAAGAAUAGAGCUGGAGUGUGAAGUGACUGAGGAUGAUGCCAACGUGAAGUGGUUUAAGAAUGGUGAAGAGAUUAUCAUUGGUCCAAAGUCUAGAUACAAGGUGAAGGUGGAGGGGAAGAAGCACACGUUGAUCAUUGAGGGAGCCACAAAGGCAGACAGUGCGGAAUAUUCUGUCAUGACAACAGGGGGACAAUCUUCCUGCAAGCUGAGUGUGGACCUGAGACCCCUGAAGAUAUUGCAGCCCUUAACAGACGUAACUGUGAAACUUGGAAAGGAAAUCUGCUUGAAGUGUGAAAUCUCUGAAAACAUAUCAGGGAAAUGGACUAAGAACGGCUUACCAGUUCAGGAAGGCGAACGAUUAAAGGUCGUACACAAAGGAAAAAUCCACAAAUUAGUGAUAGCCAGUGCUCUCAUUGAAGAUGAAGGUGAAUAUGUAUUUGCACCUGAUGCCUAUACUGUAACCCUGCCUGCCAAAGUUCAUGUUAUAGAUCCUCCUAAGAUCUAUCUGGAUGGCCUAGAAGCUGACAAUACUGUCACUGUCAUUGCUGGAAGUAAACUUCGCCUGGAGAUCCCAGUCAGUGGAGAGCCAGCCCCCAAGGCAAUGUGGAGCCGGGCAGAUAAGGCUAUUGCAGAGGGUGGGGGUCGGAUACGAGCAGAAUCUUAUCCCGAUAGUAGCACUUUGGUCAUUGAUGUAGCAGAAAGGGAAGACUCUGGUGUCUACAACAUCAAUCUCAAGAAUGAAGCAGGAGAAGCACAUGCAAGCAUCAAAAUUAAGGUGGUUGAUAUCCCCGAUCCUCCAGUAGCACCCAAUGUGUCAGAUGUGGGAGAUGACUGGUGCAUAAUGAACUGGGAACCCCCAGCAAACGAUGGAGGGUCCCCUAUCCUCGGCUACUUCAUAGAAAGGAAAAAAAAACAGAGCUCUAGGUGGAUGAGGCUGAAUUUUGAUCUCAUCAAAGAAACUACAUUUGAACCCAAGAAAAUGAUUGAAGGGGUUGCGUAUGAGGUCCGGAUAUUUGCUGUAAAUGCAAUUGGCAUCUCCAAGCCCAGCAUGCCCUCCAAGCCUUUUGUUCCCUUGGCUGUGACCAGUCCCCCUACUCUUCUGGCUGUUGACUCGGUAACCGAUAGCACUGUGACGAUGAAAUGGAGGCCCCCAGACCAGAUCGGCGCUGCCGGAUUAGAUGGCUAUGUGAUUGAGUAUUGCUUUGAAGGAACUGAGGACUGGAUAGUGGCCAACCCAGAACUAACUGACAAAACUAAAUUCACCAUCACUGGUCUUCCGACGGAUGCAAAAAUCUUUGUGAGAGUAAAAGCUGUGAAUGCUGCUGGUGCCAGUGAGCCUAAAUAUUAUGGACAGCCCAUCUUAGUCAAGGAGAUUAUUGAACCGCCAAAGAUUCGCAUCCCACGACAUCUGAAGCAAACCUAUCUUCGAAGAGUUGGAGAGGCUGUCAAUCUUGUGAUUCCCUUCCAGGGAAAGCCAAGGCCAGAGUUAACUUGGAAGAAGGAUGGUGCUGAUAUAGAUAAGAACCAAAUAAAUAUCCGCAAUUCCGAAACGGACACAAUCAUAUUUAUCAGAAAAGCAGAGAGGAGUCACUCGGGGAAAUACGAUCUGGAAGUGAAAGUGGACAAAUAUGUGGACAGUGCCUCAAUAGAUAUUCAGAUAGUUGACCGCCCUGGCCCACCCCAGUCUGUGAAGAUUGAGGAUGUUUGGGGAGAGAACGCUGCCUUGGUAUGGACACCACCAAAGGAUGAUGGAAAUGCUGCCAUUACAGGCUAUACAAUUCAAAAAGCAGACAAAAAGAGUAUGGAAUGGUUCACUGUCAUUGAGCACUAUCACAGGACGAAUGCUACCAUCACUGAACUCGUCAUAGGAAAUGAGUAUUACUUCCGAGUAUUUGCUGAAAAUAUGUGUGGCCUCAGCGAGGAGGCAACGAUGACAAAAGAGAGUGCUGUGAUCGCCAAGGACGGAAAAGUCUACAAAAACCCCGUGUAUGAAGACUUUGAUUUCACCGAAGCACCGAUGUUUACUCAGCCUCUGGUGAACACGUAUGCCAUAGCAGGCUAUAACGCGACUCUGAACUGCAGCGUUAGAGGAAACCCAAAGCCCAAAAUAACCUGGAUGAAAAAUAAAGUCGCCAUCGUGAAUGACCCAAGAUAUAGGAUGUUCAGUAACCAAGGAGUCUGUACUUUGGAGAUCCGUAAACCCAGCCCCUAUGACGGAGGGACCUACUGCUGUAAAGCAGUCAAUGAACUGGGGACGGUGGAAAUCGAAUGCAAGCUGGAGGUGAAAGUGAUAUAUCAAGGAUUAAUUACCCCAGGACAACCACUCUUCUUGGCGGGGCAGCAACAGUUGUAGCGCAGUAAGGAUUUGUGAAUGUAUAUUGUCGUCUCAGGUGGCCUUUCCUUCUGCAGGCUUCUCUUGCAAGGCGUGCCUCCAAACAU